CCGACCAGGGCACAGUCGGGUGGAGCCUGCAACCAAGAUUAGAAGAGGAGUCAUGUCAGAAGAAACAGUAAGCGAAUCACAGUUUUCCUUGAAGACCACAGCACUAAGAGCGUUUGAUCGCCCCCUGUCUUGGUACUAUUCUCUUUCUCAGAUCAGGUUUUCACCAGUAGCUAAAAAGUUGAUUGUGGUAACUGCAGUGACUGCCGUAUCUGUAAUUUUUCUGGCCCAUCACUUUAAAAGAAGACGUGGGAAGAAGAAAGGAAAAAUAUUACCAUGGGAACCAGAGCACCUCAUACUUGAAUACACUAAAAGAGCAGCGUCAGAAAAAGGUUCAAGUUGUUCCAGUAGUAGACAGAAUUUGACAUUAUCUUUAAGUUCUGUCAAAGACAAAGGAUCUCAGUCUUGUAACUAUGCUAAUGGAGGACUUUUCAGUAAAUACUCAGGUUCUGCACAGAGUUUGGCCUCUGUCCAGAGUGUCAAUUCUUGUCAUAGCUGUGCUUGUGGCAAUUCUAAUUCCUGGGACAAAACAGAUGAAGAUGAUAUUAAACUUGUUAACAUUCCUGUGACUACUCCUGAGAACUUAUACUUGAUGGGUAUGGAAUUAUUUGAAGAGGCAUUGCGUCGAUGGGAACAAGCUCUAACCUUUCGAAAUAGACAGGCUGAAGAUGAAGCCUGUAGCUCCAUUAAAUUGGGUGCAGGAGAUGCCAUUGCUGAAGAAAGUGUAGAUGAUAUUAUUAGCACUGAAUUUAUCCAUAAGCUUGAAUCUCUGCUGCAAAGAGCAUAUCGUCUCCAAGAGGAGUUUGAAGCUACGCUGGGGGCAUCUGAUCCUAAUUCUCUUGCUAAUGAUUUUGAUAAAGAUACAGAUAUUACUGUGAGGGGGAAUGUGGACGACUAUGGCCUUCGAGACACCUUGAGCGUUGCUUCAACCGAUUCCUUUGCUUCAGCAGCAGAGCUUGCAGAACACAGAGAAGUCCGGCAUUCUUACAGUCUGGAGUCUCUUUGCCACUGCCCUUUUUAUGAAGAAGCCAUGCAUUUAGUUGAAGAAGGAAAAAUUUACUCAAGAGUGCUGAGAACUGAAAUGCUGGAGUGCCUGGGAGACAGUGAUUUUCUUGCCAAACUUCACUGUAUACGGCAGGCUUUUCAGGUUAUUCUUUCAGAAACAGCCAAUAGGAUAUUCCUUGCUGAGAGUGGAAGGAAAAUUUUAUCAGCGUUAAUUGUGAAAGCACGAAAGAAUCCAAAGAAGUUUGAAGAUGUUUUUGAUGAAAUGAUCUAUUUUUUAGAACAGACUGAUCAUUGGGAUAGUACUGAAAUGGAACUUGCUGCUAAAGGAGUGAAAAAUCUAAAUUUUUAUGAUGUUGUUCUGGAUUUUAUAUUAAUGGAUUCCUUUGAAGAUUUAGAAAACCCACCCACAUCCAUACAGAAUGUAGUAAAUAAUCGCUGGCUAAACUCGUCCUUCAAAGAAACUGCUGUGGCUUCAAGUUGUUGGUCGGUGCUGAAACAGAAAAGGCAACAAAUGAAGAUCCCGGAUGGAUUUUUUGCUCAUUUCUAUGCCAUUUGUGAGCACAUCAGCCCUGUCCUAGCCUGGGGCUUUUUGGGCCCUAGAAAUUCUCUCUAUGAUUUAUGUUGCUUCUUUAAGAAUCAGGUUCUUUUCUUUCUCAAAGACAUUUUUGACUUUGAGAAAGUACGCUAUUCCAGCAUCGAGACCUUGGCCGAAGACCUCCUGCAGUUACUUAUUCGCCGCACUGAACUUCUGAUGGCCUAUCUUGGAGCCGAUGCGCUGAGGCAUACAAGCAGUUGUAUCAGUAGUCACGGUCAGGUUAUGUCCACUGGCCUGGUGGAAGCCAAAGUUCAAUAAGUCUCUUAAAAUCAGACAGUUUGGGUGUGCUAUGAAAUGUCUUAAGAUAACUGUUGAUUCUGUAACAUAUAUUACACAGAAUUGGUGGAUAUGGUCUCAGGGAGGGAGAGAAAUCUAGUAAAGAAUGAGUGACCGUACUGUACUUACACAGAAGUCCUGGCAUUGAAUCCCUGUGUAGUGUAUCCAAAGCAGCUUUUCAGUCUUUAGAUAAUAAUUUAAGUCAUGAAACGUUGCAUAUUACACAGCAUAUUUUGCUUGAAUUGAAGCCAGUACUUGGGAGUUAAUUGAUUUGUCGUCUUGAAGCUGUCUGAAAUGUCUAGUCUCAUUCUCAAAAGCUCCAUUUUUAUGCUUUGCACCUUGAAAUCACACACUUUAGCUAAGACCUAAGUGGCCUGCACAUACAAGAAUAUAUUACUCCUAGUGUCCACAAACUUCACUUUUGCCUGAAAAUGUAUUUUUAAUUGUAAAGUUGUUCAUUUGUUUAAUCAAGUUUAGACAGUAGUGGUGUUUAAUAUGUACUGCUUACAUUAUUGCUUGUGCAUUUGCUUAUGUAUUUAAAUCAAAGAAAUUGUAAUGACUAUCAUUAUAAAGCAUUUAAAUGAAUUGACACUGAGAAGUUUAUGUUAUAAGUUUAUAUUAGAUUUACUGCAGUUUCCAAAAUACAUUGUUGCACCUAUAAGUUAAAAUAGAGAGAUUAAGAAAUUUAUGUUUAUAGAUUAGAGCAUUUUUCUCUUCAAUGAAUAUUGAUUAAAAAGGUAACAGUUAUUAACUAUAACAGGCAAUUAAAUUUGUUUCUGUGUAGUUUUGAGACUAUCUCCCAACACCUGAAGUUAUUAAUCUUAAUACAGUAAAGUCAUUUCUCCUUUCUCCUUCUCUAAAACUGGUUUUUAGUUGUUCUCACAGAGAACUUAGCAAAUACGUCCAUAUUUUUAAAAUCUUAUUCAUAGUUUGAAUCUUAGUGCAGUUUUAAAGAAGGGUUUUUCCCCCUGUGAAUAUAGAACAAAAUAUUUUUAAUGGUAUAGAAGUAUGUUUCAUGUCCUUUAUGAUGAAUGUAUGAACAAACGGGUUGUUCAUAUAAGUAAAGUUCUUUAAAAGUAUACCACUUAUUUGGAGUGGCUGACUCAGUAUAUAAAUGGAUUAGAUUUGUUGAUUUUGUUUUUAAAGUAGGCUUUAUUCAUUUUAGCGAGUUACCCAGAAGGACUUAAAUAUAUUUUUUUAGAAUGCAUUUUUAGAUUAAAGUGCCUAGUUUCUGAUUAAAGAAUAGAAAAUGAAAAGUGGGGUGGGGAGCAUAAUCUUUUAAGGUUUUAAAUCUGUGUAUGUGCCAUGUUUGGGUAACAGUAGUUACAGAAUAUGAGAUUCAGCAUUUUCAUUCUGUUUGCAUGUACUAUGCUGUAUAAUGUACAGGUUAUAGCAUUAAAAAAUAUGAAAUAUUGCUCUAAUAAUUUUUUUAGUAUAUAGCUCCUUGACUUUUCUUACAUAUAUUCUUAAUUUAAGAAUUUGCUAUUUAUAAUCUGGAUUAUUGAUGGAGGAGUAUGAUUAGAAGCAUUAAAGCGAAAAUUACAUUA